AUGAACAUAUAUUACGCUAAAAUGUUAUUAUUUAUCUUUUUGAUAAAUACAUUAUUAUUAUCACAUUAUGAAAACUAUAUAAAUAACCUUUAUAAUAUAAGAUUCACACCAAAUAACACACAACAAAAAAUAACAAAAUCAAGAUUGUUAACAGAAAUCCAAAACCACAACAAUACACAUUGUAAUAAUGACCCAGAAAGUAAAGAAAUAAUUUCAAAUAUACCACUUUGUAAAAAUUAUAUUGAAAAUGAAUUAAAAGAAAUAAAAAUAUUAAAAGACCAAAUUGUAAACAACAAAAUAGAACAAUAUCGAUGGAGGAAAGAGAAAUCAAUAAACACUGAAUCAAAUAAACCUUUUCUUCAAGCAAAAAUGAAAAAAGACAAAAAACAAUUACAAUAUACUUCGUUAAAAAAAGAAAAUUUAAAAACGUAUGGAAUUAUAUUAAAAAUAUUACAAAGAAUAAAUAACUUUUUCACUGAAAUUAUAAAGAAUAUCCCAGAAGUAGAAUUAGCAAUUGGAAAACAUUCUAUAAGUAAUAGUUACAUUGAUGUUAUAAAUAAUAUUCCAGAGCUAGAAUUAUCAUUAGGAAAAUAUUUAGACGAUAAAUUAAGAAAAAUACACAACAAAUUUUCUAAAAAAAAAAAAAAGUAA